GUCUUCUAUUUCCCCCAAUUUUAAAUCUCUUCGGAACUGUAAUUUCUAGGGUUUUGAGAGGGACGUAGAAAUCAAGACAUCGAGAUGCACAAUUCGUCAUCCGCGGCUGCAAACCCUCCUCCUCCGUCGUCGUCGAAGCCCUCCUCCGACGCCUCUCUCAAGCGCAAGCGCGGGAUGUUCCAGAAAGAUCUGCAGCACAUGAUGUAUGGAUUCGGCGAUGAUCCCAAUCCACUUCCAGAAACUGUUGCAUUGCUUGAAGAUAUUGUUGUGGAGUACGUCACUGAUUUGGUGCAUAAAGCCCAAGAUAUCGCAACAAAGAGGGGGAAGCUUUUGACUGAGGAUUUUUUGUAUCUAGUUCGUAAAGAUACUCCCAAACUCCAUCGGUGCACUGAGCUUCUGUCCAUGAACGAAGAGCUUAAGCAGGCGAGAAAGGCAUUCGAAGUAGACGAAGAGAAGCUGGCAACUGGGGAUUGAAUUGAGUCUCAACAACUAUUCCUUUCUUUCUUUCAUUCUUUUCUCUUCUUAUUUUUAUUUAUUUAUUAUUAUCAUUUUGGAGAGAAGGUCUGAGCCUGUGCUGUGUUGGCUUCGGCAACUAUUUCUGGUUUCAAAUAUUGUUCUGAAUUGCCACUUGUACGUAUCAGACACCAAUUUUAACUGUAUGUGCUCACUUUAAUUCA